CUCACACAAUUUUCUAAAAUUCCUUUUCAGUCCUUUGUUUGUCAUCUCUUUUGGAUACUUUCCAUUCCAAUUAUAGUUCUCGAUAAUGUUUAAAUUCACAUCUUACCAUAACAAAACAUUCGAAUGGCUUGAAGAUUCGAUGCAAUUUAAAUAGCAAUGGACAGCCACAGUACUUUUUUCUAGGGAAAUAAAUACUCCCCCAGUAUCUUGUCAGAAAACAGGGAAGCACUUAUUUCCUAGAGGGAGUAGUUAUUUCCUAGUAUAUAAGUACUGGUGCAGUAUUUAUUUCCAGAAAAUAAGUGCUCGGGGAGUACUUAUUUCAGGGGAGUACUUAUUUCAGGGGAGUACUUAUUGACGGUUACACCGUAUUAAGUCUGCUGAGCAAAUAGUUACAUAUUAACGACUUCCCUGCUAAGGACACGCUAUCACCUCUCUGGUAUAGCUACUUGUGUCUCAAUUUUAUUCAGUAUUGCUGAAAAUUGUGUUUGGUUUAGUUCCAAACAUCUUUUAGCCUUAAGUAUUGGUUUGUACAUGAAAUUGUGACUAAAAUUUCUUUGAACGUUGUAAUCAGUAACAGGUAAAAAAUUCCGUUUUAAUUAUGCUUGGAAUUUCAAAUUUACACAUUAACUUAAUUUUAUCAAGAAUAAUUUUUAAGUUUUUUGAAAUCUUAAGAAAAAACUGUAGCAGGAAUUUCAUAUUUAGAAAAGAAAAAAAACUUAAACUUACUGUAUUUUGCUGCACUGGUGCAGUGUGGGAAACCAGGAAUAUACAAUUGAUAUGGAGGACAUUCAACAAUAUGCUGUGUACCGUUAUAACAUACCAGCAUUGAGAGAACAUCAGGUGUAGAAAAAUUUUUAAAAGCAGAGAAGAAGACUGUCUGUUCGUAUUUUGCCAUCUUACGUUCACAAUAAUAGAAACAAAAUGCAUGUCCAGUCCUACCAUAUCUCCAGACAGUGAUGAGAAUUUGAUCCAAAGUUGUGAGAACUGGGAAACGCAAAAACUCACUACGCUACAUGUAACAAAAAUACUAACGACAAACGCAGAUGCCAUCCAAAUAUACUUUCGAAGCAAAAAAGAAGUUAAGGCACAAAAGGAGAAAAAUACAGAUUAUGCCGUAUCUGCAGCUGCUAAAUCACGAAAAGAGCAUAAAGCGCAAAGACGUAAUAAAACUUUUAAAAACUUGACAGAGGAUGAAAUGACCAAAAGCAAUAAAUCUUUUUGGCAGGAUUGCAUGAUUCCUGACGUCAUGUCUUCUGAAGACGAAUUGAUAGAGGGGGACAAUAAGGUUUUUAUUGUCAGGAAAUUAAAAUGGCGGACAAAAAGAUUUAAUAAAAUGGUGGAAAAAUUGGAUGACGUUCAUAAAGAACGUGUAUCAUCUCGAGGAAAGUUCAGAAUGCUACCUUGACGAAAUAGUGAAUUUUCAAGUCGUGCACCACCAAAAGGUCUACCGGAAAAAUACAAGUGCAUUGUAAAAUCAUCUGAACAUUGAUGUUUUAUUAUGAUGCUUUUUUAGGUAUGAUUUUUUAUAUAUAUUUUUAAAGGUUGUUAUAUUUUAAAUGUCAAAGGUAUUUUGUGAACUCUGAAACUGGCAUACACUUCUUACAAAUACACUUGAUUUCAGUGCACUUAAAUGUUAGAAAAUAAUUUGAUAGGACAAUCAUAUUGUACUAUAUUUUAACUACUUAUAUUUAUUUACAUUGUAUUGUAUUUUAGCUACUAAUAUUUAUUUCCAUAUUGUAUUAUAUUUAAUUACUAAUAUAUAUUUAUUUACAUUGUACUUCAUUUUAGCUACUAAUAUUUAUUUCCAUAUUGUAUUAUAUUUAAUUACUAAUAUAUAUUUAUUUACAUUGUACUUCAUUUUAGCUACUAAUAUGUAUUUCUGUAUUGUUUUAAAUUUAAGUACUAAUAUUUACUUCCAUGUAUUAUAUUUUAAGUGCUAAUAAUGUAUUUUGUGUUUAAA